UUAGAAUAUAUCAGAAGCUAUAUCCAUAUUUCAACGCUUCUAUCUACCGAAAAUCACCCAUCUCCGCUGCGGGCUCCUCCUUCCAUUGUUGCGGGGAGAAAUCUUUUUUUUGGGCUAUGCAAAAGCGCGGAGACAAAUCGCAGAAAUAACACUGGAAAUGGCAUCCAUGCAACCUAGCAAGCGCCAGAAGCGCAGGGAGUACCGCGAAACUCAAGAACAACAGAUUCGGAGUGGCGAGGUCCAGCUCCCCAAGAAAAGACUAUACCGGCAGCGGGCUCAUGCGAACCCGUUUUCAGAUCAUCGAUUAUCAUACCCAAUCAGCCCAGCGCAUAUGGAUUGGUCAACGCAUUACCCUGCGUUUGUAGUCCCAAAUCCGAAUAAUGUGAAUUUGAGCGGCACACGGCGCCUAACAAAAGAUGUGGAAAUAGCGGAUAUUGGAUGCGGGUUUGGAGGGCUGCUAGUCGCCCUGGCCCCCUUAAUGCCUGAUACAUUGAUGGUUGGUAUGGAGCUCCGCGCUCAAGUCCUCGAGUACGUGACGGACCGCAUUCGCGCGCUCCGCGCACAACGUCCCGCUCCUCCCUUGCCCACCGAGCACACACCAUCAACGCCUCCAGCACAACUACCCUCAAAUUCUCCACCAACAGCAGCUGUUCCUGCGGACCCAUCGCCGCAAUCCCAAUCACAGCCACUCUCUCCGGACCCGCCCUCAUUGUCGCCGUCGUCACAAGCGAGCUACCAAAAUAUCUCCGCGAUACGCACAAACACCAUGAAAUUCCUGCCGAAUUUCUUCACCCGCCACCAACUAUCUGCUAUUUUCAUUUGCUUCCCAGAUCCGCAUUUUAAAACCCGCAAGCACAAGGCGCGGAUUGUGUCGUCAUCGCUAAACGCGGAGUACGCAUAUGUUCUCCGGCCGGGUGGGAAGCUGUAUACAAUCACCGAUGUGGAGGAGUUGCAUAGGUGGAUGGUCAGCCAUUUUGAUGUUGGGGAUGGGGACGAAGAGGGGGCGGGGGAGGAGGGGCAGAUAAACACUGUGAAAGAGCUAUUUGAGAGAGUUGGCGAUGACGAGUUAGAGCAAGAUCCGUGCGUUAGGAUUAUGAUGGAGGAGACGGAGGAAGGGAAGAAAGUCACAAGAAAUAACGGCAAGAAAUAUGUCGCAGUAUGGAGGAGAAUGGAGGAUCCGCAAUGGCCAUGACGUGCCAAGACCAUCAUCGGCAGUUUUGCACAUAUUUGAAAAAUGAAGAUACCGUGUUUUAAGGCCAUUUUGAAGAAAGAUGGUGCAAGCUUCGAUUUUGACUUAAAUAGACACACUUAAGAACGGGUGGCUGCGACUGCAAACCCCGGAAAAAGGAGCCUCUUUGAUAAUUCAGUACCGUUGAAACAAGCAGCAUCAAGGACGAAUCCCGUUGAUACUUGAAAUUUCAGGCACGAACUCUUGGUGAAUG